AUGGCUGGUUCCAGGCAUGUUUUCAUGUUGUCUUUGAUUGUCACAUUGUCGUUGUCAAGCAUUGAUAUGAGCUUGGCAGCUCGUCAUCUUUUGGACACACCGCCAGCAGCUCCACCCCCAGCGCUGCCUACAAUCCCAUCUCUUCCCAAGGCUACACUGCCUCCUCUGCCCUCUGUGCCAACACUGCCUAGAACCACGUUGCCACCGCUGCCCAGCACCCAAUUCCCAUCUCAGCCAACACUGCCUAAACCCACAUUGCCACCAUUGCCUUCAAACCCAAUGCCAACUAUGCCAACAAUUCCCAAGAUGACUCUACCUCCUCUUCCUUCCAGUACUCCAUUGCCCACCAUCCCAACUUCAAUCCCAUCGAUUCCUACCAUUCCAAUAACGAUUCCAACAAUUCCUUUCUUCUCCCCACCACCAUCAAAAUGA